CUUUUUGUGCCUGUUCUUCUUAUACGCUGUUCUUCUUUCAUCUUUUGUUUGUUCAACUCAAGUUGAGAGAGAAGGGUCUUAAUGGAAAGCUAGUGGGCACAUCUCUUGGGAGCAACCUUUGGACAGAACCAAAAAGAAGCCUAACCAAAACGUCAUCUCUGCAUACUCAUACAGAACUGAAACAAGAGCAUGGAUGAGAGUCUUCUUGGAUCAGAGACAAAUACUAGUGGUGAAUUAAAAGGGAGAGUGUGGUUGGAAUCGAGAAAGCUAUGGAGGAUAGCGUUUCCUGCAAUGGUAACAAAGUUGACAUCAUUCGGAAUGUUUGUGAUUACACAAGCAUUUAUUGGUCAUCUUAGCAAUGUUGAGCUUGCAGCUUAUUCCCUCAUACAAAUCAUUACAGUACGGUUUGCCUAUGGAAUUUUGUUGGGCAUGUCUAGCGCACCUGAGACGCUAUGCGGGCAAGCAUUUGGAGCAAAGCAAUGCCAUAUGAUGGGAAUUUACCUGCAACGAUCAUGGAUUAUUAACCUUGGUGCUCAAACCGUUAUGCUGCCAAUAUUCAUCUUUGCUUCACCACUCCUCAAAUUACUUGGAGAAGAAGAAGAUGUAGCGAAUCAAGCAGGAUAUAUUUCUGUAUGGUUCAUCCCCGUCCUCUAUGCUUUUCUCUUUAAUAUAACCAUCCAAAAGUACUUACAAGCACAGCUUAAGAACAUGAUUAUCGGAUGGCUUUCUGCUAUAUCGCUUGUACUUCAUGUGCUCUUGUCAUGGAUCUUUGUGACCAAACUAAAUUGGGGGAUUCCUGGUGCAAUGAGUUCAAUGAUUAUUGCAAAUUGGUUUGUGGUAAUUGGAGAGUUUGCCUACAUCUUUUGUGGUUGGUGUCCUGACACAUGGAAAGGAUUCACUUUAGCUUGCUUUACUGAUCUAUUUCCUGUGCUAAAGCUCUCCAUAUCCUCUGCAUUGAUGCUUUGCUUAGAGUUAUGGUAUUAUGCUGUUCUAGUCCUUCUGGCAGGACAUAUGAAAAAUGCUACAACUGCAAUUUCUGCAUUUUCCAUCUGUCUGAACAUCAUAGCUUGGGAAUUUAUGUUAUGCCUUGGCUUCUUUGCUUCAGCAAGCGUUCGGGUAUCAAAUGAAUUGGGGAAUGGAAAUGCCAAAGCAGCAAAAUUUUCCAUGAAAGUAAUCAUAGUUACUUCGAUCUGUAUUGGACUGUUCUUCUGGGCUCUGUGCUUAAUAUUCGGUCAUCAACUCGGCUUCCUGUUCACAAGUGAUGAGAAAGUAGUAGAAACUGUAUCAGGCCUCUCUGUCCUGCUUUCUUUCUCAGUUUUGCUCAACAGUGUUCAGUCAGUCUUAUCAGGGGGAGCUGUAGGUGCAGGCAGGCAAAGUAUAGUUGCAUAUGUUAACAUUUGUUCCUAUUAUAUCGUUGGCGUGCCAUUGGGAGUUGUGCUUGGAUAUAUUGCCCAUUUGGAAUUGAAGGGCUUAUGGAUUGGGAUGAUAAUUGGUGUUGUGAUACAAACGACCGUGCUUGGCUAUAUUACCUGGAGGACUAAUUGGGAAGAACAGGUGAAGAGAGCAUCAGAGCGACUCAAUAAGUGGUUCUUGAGGUCUUCAGAUGAAUCUAAUGGCAGUCCAGAUCAAGAGAGAUUGACUGAAUGAACAGAAAACAUCUUUUCUAGGCUUGGGGUGGGGGAAGGGGAAGGUGAAAGGGGUGUAAACAAGCAUCUCAUGAAAUGCCCACAAAUACUAUUUGUUGAAGCUUGAUUUUUGGAAUACAAAUCUCAAUAUGCAUAUCAUAGGGGAUAUGCAAAUAUCUAACCUACUUCACAAGUUACAACAUUAUGAAACUAAGAAGCAGAGUAGUCACUGCAUUUAUGAACUAUACUUGAUUUUCAUAAUGAAUAUAUAAUUUUCGUUGCUUUA